UCUCCUGUAACAACUACAUCCAUCCAACCGAUAUGGAUCUAGAGACCCUGAACACUCUCUCCCCAGCUUCGGACAUCGCCCCUCCCGAAUACCACCCCAUCUACUGGGCGGACAUCCUGCUGUGUGCUGCCUACAUCUUGUGUCUAGUGGUUGGGGUUCCUGGUAACUUGGUAGCAAUCAAUUAUUUUAUAAAGGAGGGAAGGAUGACCAGCUACCUGUUCUUAUCCACUGCAGUGGUGGAUUUAUUGGCCCUGGCCGUCAAGAGUAUCCCUAUAAGUAUCAGCCUUAUCUUCCACCGGAAACCUUCCAUUUACACGAGCGAGAUUGCGUGUUAUGUUCUGGGAAUGUUCCAGAAUGGAACCAUCAUGGCUUCCGUGUUCAUAGUGGCAGUCCUCAGUUCAACUCGCACAUACUCCCUAGUCUUCCCUUUAAAGAUAGUGAAAAGGAGGGCAGUGGGUCUGUUCAUGGUCACCUUCUUCCUAAUCCUCACAGCACACGAGGUGCUGCCGGUCCUGUUCCACAAGCUCGAGUUUACCUACAGUGAGGAGGAUGUCAUAUGCUGGGAUGCUGGGGACUGGUCUAUGUAUGAUGACAUGGUGGACAGCCUCUUUCUAGCACUUCCUAUCAUUCCUAUAGCUAUCUGCUGCAUCGUCUCCUGUCACCAAGUCUACUUCUCCUCCAAGAACGCCAUCUCCCAGAGCAGGCUGAAGAGCAGUGCCACCAUCACCAUCAUCCUCUACACCAUCACCUACAUCAUCUUCAACACCCCCAACUUUGUGAACUACGUGCUGUGGAAUAUCACCAGUAUCGCGUACGAGUGGCCCGGACGGUUCUACAGCUCCCUGUUUAUGCAGUACUACAGUUGGAACAUCUCCGGGGAGCUGUGUUUGGUAAUGAACAGCGCCGUGAACCCUCUCAUAUAUCUGUUCAGGAUACAGAGGUACAGGGACUGGGUCAGGGAGGGAAGGGGACCCAAGAUCAGGGGUCCCACUAAAAUGUCGCUAGUUAUCGGGAAUGAACAAUCACUGAGAAGAUGCACUUCCACAGAUCUCAAGGCUAACAAUAGAUUUUCAACCGCUGUAACCAAUACGGGCGUGGGGUGUCAUUCGGUGUAAGAAAUAAUGUAAUAUCAGACUAUCAAUAACUAGAAUAUAUUAAACUAUAGUUCUGUAGGGACCCAUAUCAGUGUUCACCGAGUCGCAGCAGCAGACCUCCAGAGUGUAAGUCUUGUUAUUUAUUUUACACCACUCGGCGUUUUCAACACCUUCCCUGUAAUUUGUUUUCUAAUUUGAAUUUCUUAUAUAUAUAUACUUUUAUCCCAGUAGUGGGAUGUAUUUGUUUAUUGCUAUUGUAUCGCUGCUGAUGCUGCUGGCCAUUCUAUUAUCAGGAGUCACAAUUAUUCCUGGGAUUGAGUUUUGAAAAAUAGUUAAUAUAAUCGCAUUUCCCAGUUAUAUAUAAUAUCUAUUUGUAGUUAAACA